AUGUACGCUAAGACGUCUCGCAUCCUGCGUUAUAUCAGGGGUCCCAGACCGAAACUAGAUAUGCCAGACCCCACACCAAUUCUUGGUCGAGAUUACGUAUUCAGAGGAAGAAGAAUCCGCAUCAGCCUCGAACCUGCACUCAUUCGCAUGACUCGGCCCCUCACUUCUCCUUGGUUAUUUGUAGUUCUUGUCGUCGCUUAUAUUAUCGGCUUUGCUUUCCUUACGAGGGCACAGUGGUUCCUCACACCUGCGUCAUCCUUCGUUGGUUGCACGUCAGUGUACUGGGUUGAAAACGCUGGAUGUGGCCUCGAUGGACAGUCCUGCGCACCUUUCACAAACACCUCCUUUGAUUUUCGAUGUCCCGCUCAGUGCAGCUCUGUAGUGCUGCAGAAUCCCCGAGCUGUUGGAAAUCUGGAAGUUGACUUUGUGCCAUUACUCGUCGGCGGAGGGGACGCCAACCAGACAUAUAGAGGAGACAGCUUUAUCUGUGCCGCCGCGGUACAAGCCGGAAUGAUAAGCGACUCUACUGGUGGGUGUGCUUCGGUCCAGCUUGUCGGUAACUUUACGAACUAUCUGGCUACCUCCGCUUUCGGUCUGACCUCUGUCGGAUUCCCCUCUGUGUUCCCGAUGUCUUUCCAGUUCUCUCCAUCAAACGUACUCACUCAUUGCACUGACAUACGAAACGGUGCACUUGCUUUCAACAUACUAAUCACGUGCCUCCUCUUCUUUGUUCUCCGUCCCAAACCGAUAGUACUUUAUUGGUGUCUAGUUUCCAUCGGUUUCUGGCACAUUGCACUCUUUUCACAGCCGCAGGCUACUCCGCCGCCACUCGACGUCGCCUUUGGUGCUUUCCUACCCACCCUUUUUGUAUGUUACGCUUUUUGGCGUCUUGCCUUUCGUUUCACACUCCCGAAUUUUACCGCCGCACCUAUCGAAGCAGCUGUAUGGUACUUGGCACCCUAUUGGACGGGUGUACUUACGAACAUCACAAUGGACAAAAUUCCAAUCGAUCGCCUGACGCCUGCUGACAUCAAACAACAGCCGGGAGGAAUCACUGCACUGAUCAUUAUUGUUUUGAUCUUGCUUGUUCUCGUGGUUAACCAAGUUCGUGUCAUUCGGAAGACGGGAUGGUUACCUCACUACCUUGGCUGGUAUGUUAUGGGCGGCCUGGUCACGCUGGUUCUAUCACAGCUACCGGGAUUACAGUUUCGGUUGCACCAUUAUGUUAUAUCUAUGGCGCUCAUUCCUGGGUGCGGGUUUCCAACCAGACUCUCAGCAAUCUAUCAAGGAUUCUUGCUAGGCAUGUUCCUCAAUGGCGUUGCUGCUUUUGGUUUCGAUUCCAUCCUUCAAACUGCUGCUGAUCUUGUUAGAGAUGGCCCUACAGGGUCUGCACUUCCCGAUUUCUUGACAAAUUCUACGACGUACGACGCUUCUAUUCCCCUCACAAAUCAAACAAUAUCAUGGCCACCUCUCUCAAAUGACCUGAUCAACCAAGGGUGGAAUGGAUUUGCUUUGCUCGUGGAUGAUGUAGAACGGUAUGCAGGCACCGCAUUGAACUACUCGUUGGCCUCUUUACAAGCAGGCCUUCCGCAUUUCUUCCGACUUGCACUUACGAGUGGGACCACAGUCGGUGACUUCACUAUGGCCGCCACAUUGUGGCCGAACGGGACAUGGGUUGAUCCGCUCCCAGGACCUUCAUAA